AUGAGCCCCCCUGCUCCUUUCUCCGCGGUCAUCGUCGCCCACGCGCGCGCCCGCGAUGAGUACGCGCCCAGCGCGCCCUCUGCGUCGUGCUCCCGCGACCGAGUCGCCCUCGCCGGCCUCGCACGCCGUCCGUUCCACCCAGCUUCCGCGCCUCCCCUGCUCGCUGGAACCGUCCCGCGUCUCGAGCUCCCCCGCCUGCAUGCUGCUUCUUCCGCGCGCGUCCGCGGCCACCGCUACCUCCCCGCUGCUCCCUCGCGCCACCACUGCCUGUCGCCCCCUGCGCCGCUUGCGCUCUCGCACGCCUCGUCCAUGCCGCGGCCCCGCCCCCUCGCCCCCGCACGCGCCCAUGGCCGCGCGUGGCCGCCGCUGCCCGUCCCCUGCCGCGGCUCUGCUCCGGCCAAGCCGCCGCACGCCGUCACUGGCCCCCCGCCUCCGCAGCCCCAGCGCUCGGCUUCUCCUGCCGUGGUCCCUGCUCGACGCCUUGCUGCCACCGCGCUCGGCCAUUGCGACCGGCCGGCCACGCCCACGACGGCGCCCCCUGGCCGGAGCGCCGCCCCGAUGCCUCCCCGUCUUCACCUGCUGCUGAGCCGUACCGGCUCCGCCCCGUGCUUCCGCGGCUCGCCCCCCCUCUCUUGCGCCAGCCCCUGCUCCGCCGCCGACCCCCUGUGCUGUCACCGCCCGCUCGCGAGCGUGCACCCCGGCUCGCCGUGCCUUCCCCCCGUUGGUCGUGCCUGA